UUUGAGCUUCAUACAUAGCUUGCCGAGUUGAUUGAUUGAGCAGAGUUUGGUUGAACUGGUAGCGGCCGUCGCGAUGGACGUCGCCGUCGAGAGCCCGCCGGUGAUGAUAGAGGAGAAGAAGGUCGACGCCGCCGUGAUCGGGUCAGGCGCUCCUCCAAUAGUCUUCGAGAGCUUUGCAUCGACGCAAAGAGAUUCAAGCUUCGUCGUCAAGAAGGAGGAAAAGAUGGAGGCGACGAAGGCGGAGAUGGGCGAGGUGAGGGAGGAGAACGAGCGCCUCAAGACGAUGCUCUCGCGCAUCGUCAGCGACUACCAGUCGCUGCAGAUGCACUUCCUCGACGUCGUCAAGGUCAAGGAGCAAGCGGCGGCGGCGGCCGACGACAAGGCAGCGCCCGCGGCGGAGCUCGCCGAUGACGACGAGCCCGACGACCUCGUCUCCCUCAGCCUCUGCACGAGGCCCAACGCCGCCGCCGCCGCCGCGCGCCGGAAAGGCCACAAGAGGACCUCGUCAUCGUCGUCGUCGUCCGGCGCCGAGACUGCCGGCGUCCACGACGACGACGACGACGGGCAGCUGUCCCUCGGCCUGAGCUGCGCUCGCGCCCAUGCCCCCUCCGACGUCGACGACGACAAGGCGAGCCGCGCGUUGCCGCCGCCGCCGCCCCCGCCGCCCGUGCUCAACCUCAGCUCCGACAGCAGCGGGGCCGCCGCCGAAGCCGACCCUACCCAGCCGAACAAAGCGUCCCGGAGCUCGAGCGGCGGCGGCGGCGACGUCGCCGACGACGAGGUGCUGCAGCAGCAGCAGCAGGCCAAGAAGGCUAGGGUUUCCGUCAGAGUCAAGUGCGACACCCCCACGAUGAACGAUGGGUGUCAGUGGCGGAAAUACGGGCAGAAAAUCUCGAAGGGAAACCCGUGCCCGCGCGCCUAUUACCGUUGUACCGUUGCACCCAACUGCCCUGUCCGAAAGCAGGUGCAGAGAUGCGCGGACGACAUGGCGAUCCUGAUCACGACGUACGAGGGCACGCACAGCCACCCGCUGCCACCGGCGGCGGCGGCGAUGGCGUCGACCACCUCGGCCGCGGCGGCGAUGCUGUCGUCCGGGUCGACCACCUCGGCGAUGCACGGCGGCGUCGGCGUCGGCGUCGGCCACCACCACCACCUGCCGCUCACGUCGGCCGGCGGCGUCGGGCUGCUUGGCCCGACCACCAUCUCCACCGCCACGUCCUGCCCCACCGUCACGCUCGACCUCACCGCGCCGCACUCGCUCCUCCACGCGUCGUCGUCGCCCUACGCCGCGGCGGCGGCGGCGGGGUACGAGUCGAGCAGGGCGCUGCCGGCGGCGUGGGGCAGCGGGUACCUGGCGUACGGCGGGGCGCAGCCGCCGUACUACGGCGCCGCGGCCACCAAGGGCGUGUCGACGCCGUCGCCGUUCGGGCAUUUCGGCCUGAUGGCGAGGCCGGCGGCGGCGGAGCAUCUGUACGGCGGCCAGACGACGGCGUCGACGCCGUACCUGCAGAGAGCGCCGAUGAGCGGCGGCGGCGCUGCGCCGGCGGCCGUGACGGACACGAUCGCGAAGGCGAUCACGUCGGACCCGAGCUUCCAGUCGGUGCUGGCGGCGGCGAUCACGUCGUACAUGGGGCGGGGCGGCGGCGCGGCGGCGCAGAACAAGUGAGCGCGCAGCAAGCAGUUCAUAAUUAAUGAUCUAAAUUUUGUUUUAGAAAAUCAAUUAGCUGGUAAUAAUUGCUUAAUUUGUUCUGGUAUACGUACGUAUUAGUCUCCUAAUUGGCAAUUUAUCGAUGUACAGAGGGUACCGUAUAUAAGCAUCAUGUCAGGAGCGUGAAUCACUCAAUUGUAUAUGUAUUAUGGGGGGAAACAAAUUAAUUCAGAAUGAGGCUGUUGAUUUCC